AUGACAAGUUCCCCCCAAAAACGCCAACCCCUCCCGAAGCAACCACUGUCGAAACCGAAAUUGCAUUCUCGGCCUUUAAACCCCUCUGCCCAUGUGGCAGAUCUCCAGCUGAAAUCCGCCAAGUUAGCUGCUCAGGGCUCCGAAGGUGGAAUUGCAGAGGAGGAAAAGGAACUACCAGUCAUCGAAUUUGAUUCUUCUAAGGCCCCACAACCGUUUUUGGAAGGGGAGGACGCAUUGGAAAGGGCGGGGUCUUGGGAGAACAACGGAGCCAUCCGUUGA